UGAAGUAUUCACAAGAUGGACGUAAAAUGUCGAAAAUUAUCUAACCACAAAUCAAAAAUACAUAAAAUACGUGUUUACGAUGUUUAAAUUUCUAUCUUUUGUAUUUAUAUUGUAGUCGAUUGGCGAAAGAUUAUGUCUAUUUUAAAGAAGUAUCGAUGGCCAAAUCCUUUGUAAGGGCAUUGUACGACUACCAUUCUUGUGAAACUGGGGAUCUUAACUUUAACGCCGGAGACGUCAUUCAAGUUCUAAACUUGAUUAAUGAGAACUGGAUUAAGGGUGAGCAUGAAGGAAAUUCUGGUCUUUUUCCAGCAAACUUUGUUGAGCCCUUAACAACAUCUUCAGCAGCUGGUGUCAACCUGGGAUCUACCUCUGCUUCCCAAAGUACAGCAACAUCUGGGAAGACUGUUGUUGCAAAUGAUACUUAUAUUAGCGGUGAAGAUGGGAUGCUCACAUUUUUCAGAGGAGAUAAAUUGACAUUUUUGAGCCAUGUUGAUGAGCAUUGGUGCCGUGGGAGUAUUGAAGGUGAAGUUGGGCUCUUCCCCAUACACAUGGUUGAGGGUUUGGAUGAUUCCCCUGCACCACAACAAGUUGAUCUUGCUGUGAAUGUUAAGAAUGUGACUGAGCCAAAACCGCAAAUAAACAAUCAACAAACCCCACCUCAAGAGCACAUUACAAAUUCAACUGCACAUGCAAAAGCACUGUUUGAUUUCAAAGCCUUAACUGAAUUGGAGCUCAGCUUUUCGUCUGGUCAAGUAAUUGCCUUGACAAAGGAAUUUGACGCAGAAUGGUUUGAAGGAACUUGUGAUGGAAUCACAGGAAUUUUCCCAAAAUCUUUUGUGGAAGUUUUAGUACCUUUACCGGGGGGUCAAGCAGUAACCGUAACACAGCCCUCUACUAACGAACAGCAAUUGCCCCGAGGGCAAGACCUGUCCCUUGAUAAGAAGUUGCCUGGGGGCCAUUUUUCAAGUGGGGGGGAUGAUGGGAUUAAUGUGCCAUAUGCUGUAGCAGUCUAUCCGUUUGUUGGCGAGACAUCGUCAGAGCUGUCGUUUAGAGAGGGUGAGGUGGUGUUCCUUCACCGUUGGGUGAGCGCUGAGUGGAUUGAGGGGGAGUGUCAUGACCAGGUGGGCAUCUUCCCCUCCUCCUUUGUUCAAAUCAAGCAGGAGCUACCUCAGAACUUUGAAGAAGUUUCUAGAUCUGGAGGGGGAGUUGGAAGUGGAGAGGUGUCACCCCCUGUGAAAGAGGAAUUCAUGAGCUCGCCGUUUACGACUGGGGACCAAGCCAAGGCUAUUUAUAGCUAUGAAAGCUGUAUCGACGGUGACCUGUGCCUUGAGGUUGGGGAUUUAGUUUUGAUAGAGCAAAUUUAUGAUGAUGAGUGGGUCUUAGCAAGAAAGGAUGAAAAUACUGGCGUUUGUCCGGCAGUGUUUCUCGAACUGCACGCGCAACUAGAUGGAUUGAACUUAAGUUCAGAAUUUGAAACAAGUAUUUCUAAAAGUGUUAUCACUGAUAGAGAAAACUCAAAUGGAAAGAUGAGCGAGCAAAACGCGGAACCACGCACAUUGAAAAAUGACGGAAAUACAUUUGAAUCUGAAGAAAAUUUUGUUUCAUCUUUUCAAGUUAAACCAAGGACUCCCAGGACAGAUCAGAAUAAACCACUUGCUUCUAAACCACUCAUAGCGCCCAAACCAGAUUUCUUGAAGAAACCAGCAAAACCUGUUUCAUUGCCAGUUAAACCUGUUUCAUUGCCAGUUAAACCUGUCUUGCCACCUAAACCUGUCACACCUACGGGGAAACAUUCUGGUUUUGUGAAACCAAAUGAGAACAAUUGGGUGAAAUUUGAAGAUGACUCAACAACUAGCUCACGUCCCGCCAAAACCCAGCCCAAGCCCACGCCCAUAUCGAGAAACAAGAGUCCAAGGGAGUCACCACGUAUGUCUUACAAAACCUUACUGGACAGGUCCUUAGAGGAAGAUCUAACGAAACCGCUCUCCCCUGAACAAAGUCGAGGGCGUCCCCUUCCCCCACCAAGAGUGGAUGUCUCGCGUUCACGUUCAUCCACGCCUGACGCUCUUUCAAGUAAAUUGAUGGAACAGGCGGAUGCAUUUGAGAAGAGUAGUUCACGGCAGAAUUCUCCGUCUUUGAAUGAGCUACGAGAGUCAGGAAAGACACAAAAACCAGUGCCUGCUAAACGAACCAGGAAGCCCUUGACAGAACAAGGUGGUUCGAACCAAGGUUUCCCAAUUAUUGAACAACUGGACGAGCAAAUAACGAAAUUGAAGAAUGAAUUACAGAAAGAAAACCAAAUAUUGUCAGGCGUGGCUGUUCUGAUUGAGACUGUAAACAAAGAUACCUCGAGACGAGAGGAGCUGGAAGCAAAGAAGGGAAUCACCCAAAGAAAAAUUGAAGAUUUGAGAAAACAGUUGAAGAAAAUUGAAGAUCAAAAGAAACGGCUUAUGAAGCUUCUGGAUGGAUACUCAUCACAAGAGGAAAUCGAUUUGAAAAUUGAGCAAUUGCGGGAAAGCAUUAAGGAGAAUACGGACACCAAGAUGAACUUGGAGUCGCUCCUGUCAGGUUGUGAGGAAGACGAGGAACGAGAUGAACUCCAGGACAACAUCUCGUUUUGCGACAAAGCGAUUAAGAAUUUGAAGUCGGAGUUAGACUCUCUGCUGGAUCUUGUGAGUCAGCUUAAAGGAGAAGUUACGAAAGAAUUUCCAGAAAAGGAUGUGACACAUCGUAAGAAAAUCAUUGACGAAAUAUUGGCAACCGAGAAAUCAUUUGGUCGCGAUCUCAAUCUUUGUUUGAAAAACUUCAUGAUGAACCUCAUUGAAUGGAAGGUCGAAGCAAUCGACUGUGAUUUAUUGUUUGGUAAUAUGGAAGACGUCGCGGACUUAUCAAGCAGACUACUAGAAAGACUUGAGAGUGCUACUGACGAUAUUGACAUCAACGAACAGAUCGUUGGAAAAUGCUUUGUCGAUUUCUCCGAAGAGAUGACGAUGGUUUAUGGGAAAUAUUGCAGAAAUCACGAUGAAGCUAUCGCUUUUCUUGAAAAGUGUUCUAACAACGAGGAAACUCGACAAUAUAUCCAAAAAUGUCUGGAAUCUAUCAGGGAGUUCUCAAAUUGUUGGGAUUUGUCGUCAUUUCUCAUAAAACCCGUGCAACGUAUAUUGAAGUAUCCUCUACUUUUGAAUGAACUUUUGAAGAAUACUCCUGACGAUCAUCCAGACAAGCCAGGGUUAAUUGAAGCUAUCGAAGUUAUGACAGUUGCAGCCAAUGAUGUGAAUGAAUUUAAGAGAAGAAAGGAAUUAGUGCAAAAAUAUCAGAAAGCAGAGGAGUCGGGAUUGUCGACGAAAUUCCAAAAGUUCACCUGGCAUUCUUUGCUGAAAAAGUCGUCAAGAUUCAAUCAAAGAAUAACCCAGUUUACUGGACUUGUCUCUCAGACAGUGGAUGAGAAAUUCAACGAAAAUGAAAGAUUAUUUUAUCAGAUUGAAAAAACAGCCAAAAACCUAAUAAAGAACAUCACCCAGUACCUGGAGCUGUUUGAGGAUGUACACUCGAGUCAAGUUCAGAGCUGUGAAAACAUCACUGAUUUUUGCAAGGACGAUGGGACAGCAAAGGAUAUACAGGGAUACACCGAUGCAGAGAGAUAUAUCGGGGAGCACCUCGUGAACCAAUUGAAACAUGUUCUGGAUGGGGAGGUGUUAUCACCGUUGACUACGCUCAUCAAUUUAUUCCAAGGACCUCAUAGAUUGAUACAGAAAAGACAUGAUAAAUGUUUGGAUUACGAUAGUUUGUCAAAUAAAGUGGAGAAAAUAAAAGAUCAAGAGAAAUGGAGACAGGCAAAAGAUGAACUUGAUUUUGCAAAGAAAACUUACGAAGCUUUGAACACCCAGCUUCUUGAUGAACUGCCUGUAUUGAAUACAAAGUCACUGAAAUUCCUUCAAACAUGCAUCACUAAUUUUGCCUGUGUGCACAAGAAUUUCUUUGUAGAGGCACUGGAUCAAUUCAGUCCUUCAGUGCAGCUUUCCGUGGUGAAUGCUGUUAAUAUGGAUAUCAUCUCUGAUUUCUCGCAAAGUAAAAUCGCUUCGCACGAAGUUUUUCAGCUGGCGUUUACAUCAAAGAAAUCUCUCACAUUGCCUGGUGCCGCUCGUCCUAAUCUUAGCCCGAAAACGUCGCGAUCAAAUCAGUCAGUGGACAAUAAGCUCCUCAAUCCAAGGAGCUUGACACGAAGCGCGAGUGAAAGUAAAAGGAAGGCACCCGUGCCUCCAUCUGAUGCAAGUGGGGGUGUGGCUGGGAGCAGGAGUGGGGGUGUGGUGAGAUCGCGUACAGUCAGUGCUGCUGAUAGAAGUUUACUCGUAAGAAAAAGAGUUGACCUUGAUCUGGAGGGAAGCCCGUCUAGAAGUUCAAACUAUAUUGUAAAAUACGAGUUUACUGCAGAAGCACCGACUGAACUUUCUGUGAAUAAGAAUGACAUUGUCAGAGUGACACAAUACCAUGAUGCAUUUGGUCAUAAUGAAUGGUGGAAAUGUGAGCACAAUGGUAAAAUAGGUUUUGUACCAUCAAGCUUUCUGGCACCUUGCCAAAACAUUAGCAUUGUUACAAAACGUGAAAAUAUGACAAAAAAUACUGGGCAAGGUGGUAUGGUAGCAAAAUCUGGACAAUCCAGUAUGGUACUAAAUGCUGGACAAACCAGAAAUGGUGGUGUGCUGAAACCUUCAGUUGUUGACCAUCUUGUGAAGUAUGAUUUUAAAUCUGAUGGUCCAAAUGAAUUGGAUGUGGUUACUGGUGAACUUGUUAGAGUGAUAGAACACCAUGACGUUUCUGGUAGCCCUGAAUGGUGGUUAGUUGAAGCCAGGGGAAAACAGGGUUAUGUGCCAGCUUCUUAUCUGGUUAAAAACACAUGAUGGUAGGAACUUAUUUAUAGCUAAUAAUUAAUGAAUCGGAAAUGAAGUCCAAUUAUGCAAUUUUAAUAUUCAAUGUACAUAAUUUUAGUAUCAGAUUUUAAAUGUACAUAAUUGCAAAUGAAUAGUGUAAUUUUUAAAUUUUCACAUUGUAAAAUAACC